AUGUCCUCGUUGCUGCAAAUUAGCAGUAGGGUGGUGCAGAAAUCUGCAAGACUGCACUCAUGGAAGCCAUGCCUUGAUCGCAGAUCGCUCUUCGACUGUCUUGGACCUUGCGAAACGGCAGGCAACCAAAGCCAGGUGCGGCGCAUCUCCACACGGCCAAGUCGGCGAGGCCGCGAAAAGCGGUCGAGGGCUCCCAAACUUCAUGUGGUGAGGUUCAAACUGACGCAGGAAGAUGCCGUGAGGUCGCUGACGCAACAUGAGCAGGACCGCUGGAUGGCACCGCUGCCGAGUGAAGUGUCUGGGACGACCUCGACCGCUCUCGUCGCCUGGCAGCCUGACAGCGGCGGCGUGCGGGCCGUGUUCCUUCCAUUCCGGGUCGUGAAUGCGGUGGUGAGCGCGAAGUACACGGGUCAAGUGGGCUACGCACGCACGAAAGUCGUUACUUCAAGUGAUGGCAAGCAGACGACCCAAACGAAGACUGACUACUUCUGGGUACGCGGUUCUCUGGAUCGUAUUCACCUGGACGGUAAGGGAGGGGAUUCUGCUAUGCAAAUUUAUGCUGACUUCCGCUAUCCAGAAGCAUUGCUGGAGGCUGUCAAGGGUCGUGUCGUUGCGUCUGCAAGCCCCUUCGAUGCUUCGGCCCUCAACAUCAAGGAAGAGCCGGCACUGGAUCCUUUUCGCAUAACUGUAGAGGGGACACGGGAAGAAGCGCAGGUCCGCAUGGAGACUGCCUUGACGAACCUGGCAGAACAGGAGAUGCGCCACACACACCCAGGCUGCACCCAAGUCGCGAGAACCACCAUCGGCAGUGUUCGUGUGGAGGAGUAUCAUGUUCAGUCCGUGUACCUGCCAGCUUAUGUUUUCACCGCUCGCUACGGGCAGAGGCUCCUGAAGCGAUUCGUGGGCGGUGCUACGGGGAAGGUGUCCGGCGAGCAGAUGUACUCCGAAGUUAAAGCUGCCGUGCUCGGUCUCGGAGUCGGUCUGGCAGGAAGCUUUCUGGCGUCCGACAUGGCCGCCCUGCCUGUGCUUGCGGGGCCCGCCGCUUUCGCCGUUGCAGCUGCCGCAUCCUUGGCAGGUUUGCUGGUGGCACGCUGCUUGCCGUUGUUCCGCAACUGGUGGUUUGCCCGUGCAGCAGACAACAGAGCCUCGCAACAUGCAAGCGCCGGCAGUGGCUCUCCGUCUUGGGAGCAGUCCAUCGUUGCCAGGCAUACCAGCAGCAUGUUCGGGAGAGAGGAGACAGUCAGUCAAGCGGACCCCGAACAAGAGACUCCUCUUGUUUCCACGACGGCAAGCCAGGGCGUGCAGCGAUCGCAGCUUGUCAUCACAGAUCCACGUGCCCAGCCACAUCUUUCUGUACUUGGGCUUGACCUCGGUUGCUGCUUCGGUCGGGCCCAAGAAGCCUUUCGUCGCCAGGCGAUGAAGCUCCAUCCGGAUCACAAUCCAGGUGCCAGCCCCGAAGAGCGGGAAGCCAUGGCCAGCAAGCUUCGAGCCGUUUUGACGGCCUACCGUGAACUCUGUAGCAUCGUGGCAGAGCUCUCACGACAGGUGCAGCUUCUGGUCUCCGACUCGACACCUCGGCCCGACUUCAAGCUCCUUGGAGUCAGACUCAGCAGCUGUUGA